CUCUUCUUCUUUCCCAGGAAUUUCGGUCCUCCUCUCUGCCUGUCUCUCUCUCUCUCUCUCUGGUAAACUUUAUCAGGAAGCUUACAGCCAUUUCUCCCCAUCGUUAAGCCUGCUCAAUCCACCUCAAGAACGAGGGUGGGUGGUGUUUGUCUUCUCCAACCAACCCUCAAGAAACAGCCCACCAUUGAUCGCACCUUACAGCGCCCUUUUGUAGGGAGAUCCUUGGGAAGUAUGUAAGGAAGGGAAGGGGAGAGAGAGAGAAUGUCGUCGUCCCCAACAACACCACCUUCCUCAGGAACAUCUCUCAUGGAGACCUUGCUGGGUCUUCUCAGGAUCCGCGUCCGGCGGGGUAUUAAUCUCGCCGUCCGAGAUGUUCGCACCAGCGACCCCUACAUUGUCAUCAAGAUGGGUAAACAGAAACUGAAAACUCGUGUAAUCAAGAAGGAUAUUAAUCCAGAGUGGAAUGAAGAUCUUACUCUCUCUGUUUCAGAUCCUGAUAUUCCUGUCAAACUGACGGUUUACGAUCACGACACAUUCAGCAAGGACGACAAAAUGGGGGAUGCGGAGUUUGGCAUUAAAGCAUUCAUAGAUGCCCUGAGGAUGGACCUGCAAGGUCUCCCGAGCGGCACCAUAAUAUCCAGGGUACAGCCGUGUAGGAAGAACUGCCUCUCUGAGGAGAGCUGCAUCGUAUGGAGCGAAGGGAGGAUCAUCCAGGACAUGUGCCUCAGACUAAAAAAUGUCGAAUGCGGAGAGGUGGAAAUCCAGUUGCAGUGGAUCGACCUGCCCGGCGCCAAGGGCCUAUAGAGAGAUUUUAGAGGGACAUACUAUUUCGAGGUAAGGUUCAAGCAUUCGACCGCUUGGCGUCCUCUUGUAAUUGGAUCUCUAUGAUGGAUUGUUUCGCGGGAACUCAUAGAAAGGCCAAAAAAGGUCAGCCUUGUAUGUACUUGAAUUUGUUACCUGUAUCUGGAUAAUAGCAGGAACGAGAGUUUGAACA